AUGGCUUACUUCCAUGAUGUUUCGAUUUUGCGCCCUUGUAUUACGGGUUGGCACAUACGAGUGAAGGUUCUGCGCAUGAUUACUGUUUGCAUAAAUCCUCGGAAUGCUCUCCGUUUGGUUCUGGUGGAUGAUAAGGGUUUUAAGAUCGAUUGUUGGAUUAAUAGUGAAUAUGCGAAACAUUAUGCUGAGUUUUUGAAGGAAGAUCGAUGGUUUUCUUUUACGGAGUUUCGUGUUCUUGAGAACUCUGAUAGGGUCAGGCUUACCAAUCAUCAUUUCAGAAUGUCUGUCUUUGGAACGACUGUCGUUCUUCCCGCCGAUCCACCGUCGACUGAACCCCGUGACUCCUUUACUCCGUUCAGUUCGAUAAUUGACGGAACGGUUGACGAGAGUGUCUUGAUUGAUUUGAUCGGGGUUUUGUCUGAUGUUGGUGAAUUGGUGAAUGUCGGGACAAAUCCAUCAGAUCUCACUGGCUUCAGACUGAGCUUUCGGAUUCGUGGGCCUUGGUUAGUAAAUAGAUAUUUUCUCCCUUUGUGAAUUUUGUCUGGGUAUUGUCCUGUUUGGUGUUAAAUGUUAAUUAUAUCAUUUU